AUGGUGGCGGUGGCGGAGGCCCUGGCGAGGAGCCCCGAGCAGGCGGAGGCCUUCCUGCGGCUGGCCGAGUCGCACGGCCGCCCCCGCUACCAGAUGCCGCAGCAGGGCCUGCGCUCCCUGGGCUUCCUCGACAGGUUCUCCCAGCAGUUUGUCGACAGGCUGGCGCUGGAGCUGCAGCCGGUGGCGUGGUUCAAGGGCCAGGUCGUGAUGAGGCAGAGGACGGAGUGCGAGCUGUUCUGCAUCCUCGUGAGUGGAAAGGUCGCCCUGGAGAUCGACGGUGCCGCCAUCGGCGAGCUGGAGGGCCCCUCGGCUCUGGGAGAGAUGGCCCUG